UUUUGAACUAGUCUACAGUGUGGACAGGAAAUGACCUCUCCACAAACUGCUUCUUUAAAAACAAGCAGUGGUGCCUAAAGCCAUCCAGCCUCCUCUCUCUCCCUCUCUCUCUCUCUCUCUCUCUCUCUCAUUCACUCCCUCCCUCCCUCCUUCCCUCCCUCCUUUCCUCCCUUCCUCCCUACCAACCUCCCUUCCUCUCUGAAGCUCCUGCUCUCUCCCUCUCCCUCCUCUCCCGUGCUCCCUCCCUCCCUCCUUUCCUCCCUCCCUCCCUCCCUCCCUCCCUCCCUCCCUCCCUCCUCUCGCGCUCUCUCUCUCCUCUCCUGCUAUAGAGGGCUCCAACAGCAGUUCCCAGCCAGUGUGUUCAGCCUGCCUGCCUGCCUGCCUCUGUGUGUGUAUGUGUGUGUGUGUGUGUGUGUGUGAGCGUGUGCGUGCGUCUACUUUGUACUGUGAGGAACACAGCCCAUGUGCUCUGCAUGGACGUUACUGAUACUCUGUUUAGCUUGAUUUUCGACAAGCAGGCAAGAUGUCCAGCACACCACAUGACCCCUUCUAUUCUUCUCCUUUCGGCCCAUUUUAUAGGAGACAUACACCAUACAUGGUACAGCCAGAGUACCGAAUCUAUGAGAUGAACAAGAGGCUGCAGGCUCGCACAGAGGAUAGCGACAACCUCUGGUGGGACGCAUUUGCCACUGAGUUUUUUGAAGAUGACGCCACCUUAACCCUUUCAUUUUGUUUGGAAGAUGGACCAAAGCGAUACACUAUCGGCAGGACGCUUAUCCCUCGUUACUUUAGCACUGUGUUUGAAGGAGGGGUGACUGACCUGUAUUACAUCCUCAAACACUCGAAAGAGUCAUACCACAACUCAUCCAUCACAGUGGACUGCGACCAGUGUGCUAUGGUCACCCAGCAUGGGAAGCCCAUGUUUACCAAGGUAUGUACAGAAGGCAGACUGAUCUUGGAGUUCACCUUUGAUGAUCUCAUGAGAAUAAAAACAUGGCACUUUACCAUUAGACAAUACAGAGAGUUAGUCCCAAGGAGCAUUCUAGCCAUGCACGCACAAGAUCCUCAGGUCCUGGAUCAGCUAUCCAAAAACAUCACCAGGAUGGGACUAACAAAUUUCACCCUCAACUACCUCAGGUUGUGUGUAAUACUGGAGCCAAUGCAGGAGCUGAUGUCGAGACAUAAAACCUACAACCUCAGUCCACGAGACUGCCUGAAGACCUGCUUGUUUCAGAAGUGGCAGCGAAUGGUAGCACCACCAGCAGAACCCACAAGGCAGCCGACCACGAAGCGGAGAAAAAGAAAAAACUCCACCAGCAGCACGUCCAACAGCAGCGCCGGGAACACCGCCAACAGCACCGGCAGCAAGAAGAAGACGCCAGCCGCUAACCUGAGUCUGUCCAGUCAGGUACCUGAUGUGAUGGUGGUAGGCGAACCAACCUUGAUGGGAGGUGAGUUUGGGGACGAGGACGAAAGGCUAAUCACUAGAUUAGAAAACACGCAAUAUGACGCGGCCAACGGCGUGGACGACGAGGAAGACUUCAACAGCCCCCCGGCCCUGGGGAACAGCAGCCCGUGGAGCAGUAAACCCCCCGCCGCUCAAGAGACCAAAUCAGAAAACGCCCCACCCCAGGCUCCCCAGUGACACUGACCCGCACCCGCAACCGCACCCGCACCCGCACCCGCCGUCAGUAGGUCGUGGGGCACGCUCACGCUUGCAGAUCCUUGCUUGCAGGAGAGGAAGGAGGAGAAAUAAAAAACUCUUCCACGCAAAUACCUGUUUCUAAACCACAAUGAUCUGAGUUUGGGUUUCUUUGUUCUUUCUUUUUUUUUCUUUUUUGAAUUGAGAGGAUCGUUCCAAUAAACUUCCCUGACCCUUCCCUGGAGGCCUUCACAGGUAACACAGAGAGUGGCACUGAUCUUAAUGAAAAGAGCGAAAGCUCGCGCUUCUCCGGGCUCGGUGUUAACCACGUGUUUGUUAAUUACACCCCACCCCCAACCCCACCCCGACGAAGGCCAUAUUGUCAAUACGCCCUCAGUGCUCAGGGUCUCGUUAUAUGCCGACCCUAACUACAGAUGACUUUUUAAUAUUGUAAAAUAUUUUCUGCUUUUUGACUUGCAUCUGAGAGUUUCUUGUUUCAGUAAAAAAAGAAAAGAAAAAAAAUCAGCCUUUGGACAGUAAUUUAAAUGUAUCCUUAUUAUUAUUUUUUUCCUUCACCUUUUCUUUCAUUGGGUAACAGCUAAGAGGGCCUUGCAGGGUAAUUAUUGGGUGAGCUAAUGGCAGUCGGUUCUCCAACCCCAGCUGGUUCAGUUGAGCCCAAGGGCUGAAACAAGAAAUGUCUUUUUGUCAUCGAAGACACCAAGGCAGGUUUUUAUGUAAAGACAGACACCUGGCCCCUCGAGAACCUACUCGUUUGUAAAAUUGCUGUUGAUCCAAAUCUUUUCAAGCCAUGUAAUCCAUUAAUUUUGUGGGCAGUUUAAUAAAUCUGAAACUUUUUUGUGUUUUUUAUUGUAUCUGAGUUGACUGUUGUUUCUUUUCAUGGUAUAUUUCUUGUAUAAUAUUUUGUAAAGCCCUCACCUGGUUCUUUUAUGGGGAUUCUUCUUUGGGGGCAAUUCCAGUGUAUUUAUGUGAAACUUUAUAAGAGAACUAAUUUUUCCAUUUGCAUAUUAAUAUGUUCUUCCACACAUGUAAAGACACAGUGGCUCCGUGUGUUAUAAAACAGCUGUAUUUUAUGUAUGCUUUACUGAUAAGUGUGCCAAUAAUAAACUGUGUUAACGACCAAA